AUGGGAUGUAGAAUCAUUAAACAGCAAAGAGAUGAUGAUGACGAUAAAAGUUUUAAUACCAUUACACCACCUAAUGAUGAUUCACCUAAACCUCCACCUCAAAUUAUAAAAGAUGAUCCAAAAAAUAAUGAUAUAUUAAAUCGAAAUUCAGCUUUCGUUGAUAAUUUUAUUAAUAUUGAAGUUGCUGAUCCAGCAGCUUUUAAUGACCAUUUUAUUCAACAACGUCGGCAAGCAAUAAAGAAUAAUUCAUAUCGAUCAACAAUUGAAUCAUGGCAACCAGAUUCCCUUCAACAACUCACUCAUUUCAUUAAAGAAUUAUCUAACGGUAAAUCAAUAAUUGAUCGUCAUUGGAUUAUUUUCUAUUGGAUUACAUUUAAUAUUGAAUAUGAUACUGUAUCAUAUUUUGCAAAAGAUUAUAAAGAUCAAACAGCAGAAGGAGUAUUUCAAACACGAAAAGGUGUAUGUGCUGGUUAUGCUAAUCUGUAUAAAUAUCUAUGUGAUCAAUUAGAAAUGCCAUGUGAAAAAGUCAGUGGAUAUGCAAAAGGUUAUGGAUUUGAUGAUCGAGAAGAUGCACCCACUGAAACUGAUCAUGCAUGGAAUGCUGUUGAGAUUUAUCAUCAUUGGUAUUUAAUGGAAUCAACAUGGGGUGCUGGGCACUUAGACGAAAAAAAAGAGUUUGAACGUAAAUUAUCAUCCUAUUAUUUUCUUCCCCGCCCAAAUGAAAUGAUUUACCAUCAUUUACCUGAAAAUGAAAAAUGGCAAUUAUUACAAACUCCAAUAAAAAUGACACAAUAUUUACAAAUGCCCCAUCUUCGUCCAGAGUAUUUUGAAUUUAAACUUGAAACGAUUCAGCCUCGACAUCGAUGUUUUGUUAAUCUUGAACAUGGUGAACCAUUUGCCUUAGUUAUUAUGAAAGCACCAGCUAAUGUAUGCCUUAUAGCUAAUUUAAAAUUACACGAUGAAAAAAUCGAAGGUGGUCAUCAGGUUAUUUUUGAUAAAAGAAAAAGAUUUUACUAUUGUUACUUUGCUCCACAGAAUAUUGGUAAUCAUAAAAUUAUGAUUUAUGCAAAGCGUAAUAAUACAGAUAGUGAUACAUUUGAAUCCGUACUUGAUUUAACAUUUGAUAUAAAACAAAUACCUAAAAGCCCAAUAAGUUAUCCAAAAACUUGGUCAAUUUUUUUUGAUUAUGGAUUAAAAAUACUUUCUCCAUUAAAAACACAUUUAAUUAAUCUUAAUAAUAGUGAAAAAUACGCAGAAAUACUUAUAAAAGCACCAUCUGAUAUUGAAUUAAUAGGACAACUUAUGAGUCAUAAUGAAGAAAAAAUUGUUUAUGCCGAUCAAGUUUAUUAUGAUCAUGAAAAAAUAUGUUGGAGAUGUCGAUUUGCUCCAAAUAAAUCCGGAACUUUUAAUGCUCUUAUUCUUGCUAAGAAAAAAUCAGAUCCGAAAAGCUUUACUUCUGCUGUUCAAUUUAAAAUUAAUGCAAAUCGAAUUUCAUCACCACCAUUAACAUUUCCAAUUACUUGGUCAACAUUUUAUGAUCUUGGCCUUAAAAUACUUUCUCCAAUUGAUCAAGGUAUUAUUGUAUUAAGCAAUAAAGCACCAUAUGCUGAAAUUCGCAUACAAACUACAAAGGAUGUUGAUUUAGUCAGUCAAUUACAAAAUGAUAAAAAAGAAAAAAUAUCUGGUGAAAGUCAAAUUUAUUAUGAUAAUAUAAAAAAUUAUUGGCGCUGUAAAUUUACACCUAAUCAAAAAGGAGUUUAUGAUGCUCUUAUACUUGCUAAAAAAAAAUCGGAUUCAGAAAGUUUUAUUUCUGCUGUAUCAUUUCAAAUCGUCGUCAAGCGGCAUUCAUUUCAACAAAAAUCUUUACCAAAUACUACACAACUUUUUCAUGAUCUUAAUCUUGAAAUAUUACCUCCAAAUGAUUGUUAUAAAAUUAUUUUAUCUGAACAAUCUUCAUUUGUUGAAAUAUGUUUAAAAGCGCCAAAUGACGUCGAACUUAUUGGCCGAUUAAAAAAUUCUAACAAAGAAGUAAUUCCGAAUGCAGAUCAAGUUUAUUACAAUCGACAUGAAGAUAUAUGGCAUUGUAAAUUUGCGCCUAAUAAUAGAGAUCUCUUUAAUGCUAUUAUUAUGGCAAAGAAAAAAUCUAAUUCUGAUCCACAUUAUUCUCAGGUUGUUACAUUUGAAAUUGAAGUGAAUCAUAUUUCUACACCACCUGUAACAUUUCCACAAACGUGGCAAUUAUUUCAUGAUUAUAAUCUUAAAAUUAAAGCACCCAGAAAUCGCUCAACAGCUAGAUGGUUAGAAAAUUCAUCUUAUACAGAAAUUCUUAUUCAAGCACCGGAUGAUAUUGAAUUGUCAGGUCGUAUAGAAUAUCAGGAUAGAAAAAUAGAAAAUGGUGCAUUAGUACAAUAUGAUUAUGAAAGAGAACUUUGGCAACUUUUAUUUGCACCUGAACAAACAGGUCAACAUCAAUUAUUUAUUUUUGCUAAACCAAUAAAUGAUACUGAUAAAUUAGCUGCUGCAGUUGUUAUGUUUUCACUGAAUGUUACAAAACUUCAACAACCAAUGAAAUUUCCAAUGACUUAUGCAGCAUUUCAUACUACUAAAUGUCGAAUUUAUACACCAUUAAAUGGCAUAUUAAAAAAAGAUUCUCUUGUACCUAUUCAUUGUUGUAUUCCUGGUGCAAAAUCAGUUAUAUUAACGAUUGGCUCUCAACCACUUCGAACUGAAGGUUAUGUAGAUCCGAUUUUACAACGAGAAAUAACUGUCGAUUCCGAAGAUGUUAUUAUUCAUGCAAAAUAUGGACGAAAUCCACAUUAUACAAGUCUCAUUAGAUAUUUUGUUGAAUAA